AUGAGAAGCUCCAUCCUUCUCAAGACAAAGGAGCGCCCGGGAACUCCUUUGGUCCUGCCAGGGAGGGGAGGCUGCCAUAUUUGGAAAGAGGCAGAAUGCCACUCCUUCUGCAGCUCCUACAAAGCUGGGCAGGCCUGGCUGCCAAGACUGUGCUCCGAUAGCGCGGCCUGUGGCAGGUGCUCCAGAGGCACGCUCCCAGAGAGAGCCCAAGAUUCUGACACAAUGACGAAGCCCGUGGGUGCAUGCUGGCUGGCCGUUGUCUGUGUCCUGCUCUUGAGCCAGCUCGCCGCCGUCAAGGCGAGAGGCAUAAAGCACAGAAUCAAGUGGAACCGGAAGGCCUCGCCCGGUACGUCCCAGGUCACGGAGGCCCAACGGGUGGAGAUGCAGAUACGCCCCGGGGCCUUCAUCAAGCACGGCCGGAAGCUGGACAUCGACUUCGGAGCCGAGGGCAACAGGUACUACGAGGCCAACUACUGGCAGUUCCCCGACGAGAUCCACUACAACGGCUGCUCCGAGGCCAACGUGACCAAGGAGAAGUUUGUCACCAGCUGCAUCAACGCCACGCAGGCUGCAAACCAGGAGGAGCUGCUGGCCCAAGAGAAACAGAACAACAGGCUUCACCAGCGGAUCCUGUGGCGGCUGAUCCGCGAGCUCUGCUCGGUCAAGCAGUGCGAGUUUUGGUUGGAAAGGGGAGUAGGACGUCGGGUCACCCUGGACCAGCCCGUGGUGCUCUGCCUGCUGGUUUUCCAUUGGUUCGUAGUGAAAUAA